GCAGGUAUGGGAAAUGAAAUGCGAGCAGGGUUUAUAAACGAUGCGGUGGUUUGUCAAACGAUGGGUUAAACAGUUUUCGGAGAGCUAUUUGUGGCCUGCCGCUUUGCACACCAGACACGCAGACAGAACAGCAUGGAGACGCUUCUUUUUCUAUUUCCUCAAUUUAACUACAUGGCCCCAAAGGAGGAAGCAUAUUUCAAAAUGUUUGGUCCAGAAGACUUGCAGGCAGCAAAGAUGAAGGACGAUAGCAGACAAAAAGACAAGGAGAGGAAGAGCCGACUAAGCCUUUUUCUCACCAAGUCAGGCUCCCAUGAAAACGUCAGUCCUCUUAAAAAGACAAAUACGACACCGAGCAACAUCUCACCAGAAGUAGCCCUGCAGUGGAGCGACUCCUUCGAGGACCUGCUGAAGCAUUCAGAUGGGGUUGAAACCUUCUCUCAGUUUCUGAGGACAGAGUUCAGUGAAGAAAACAUUGAAUUCUGGUUGGCCUGCGAGGAAUACAAGACCAUCGAUUCGGAAACAAAGCUGCUGUCCAAAGCCAAAUAUAUUUAUACAGUUUUCAUUGAAUCAGAUGCCCCCAAAGAGGUCAACAUUGACUACGACACCAAAAUGGCUAUUCAGAAGACCAUGGCAAAGCCCACGAAAAGCUGCUUUGAAGCAGCGCAGACGAAGAUCCACAGCCUGAUGAAAAAGGACUCUUACCGUAGGUUUCUGCACUCUGACAUUUAUCUGAGUCUCACCAAAAAGAAGGGCCCCGGAGCCACCAUGUUCCGCCGACGGUCGCGCUCCUGCGUCUUCAACGAGAGGGGGGAGCCAACGACCGCCGCCUCGGAGUGGUAGACGGAGCCCGGCAGCCGAGUCGCAGCUGACGCGUGAAUGGAUGUGUUAUUAUCAGCUAUAAUCCCUGAUUUCCAGCAGAAAAAUACUGUGCGUGGCAUUGACACCCACAAGUGCAAUAUUUUUUUAUAAUCACAGAGCUAAUAAUGUAUUAUUCCAGCAGCAAUGGUGAUCGAGAGGUACAUUUUGGGAAAUUUGCUUUCUUUCUUGCCAAGAGUUAAAUCAAAGGAUUGUACACACAUAUAAAAACAUCAACAUACAAAUGUUCUGUUAGCAUUUAGCUGUCUUAGCUUCGCAUGCAUUCUCUGUACUUGUUCAGCAAUAACAACAGCCCAUGUAGCUGUGGAGUUCAUUAAAUUAUUUAAUUUAUUUCUUCUUAAUGAGUGAAAAAUACAGGGUUAAAAAUGAAA